AUGAUAUUAAUUCGUGCUCUGUAUAUUAUUUGGGUAUUUCUACUCAUUCCAUUGUUUAAUGCAGAAGAAUUUACCCCAAAAGUUACCGAAACUAUCUCAAAACAUUCAGUUGAUGUACUAAGCUUUGAUGAUUCCAACACUUUGAUCAGAACGGAAGAAGACGUCUUGAAGAUAAGUUUUGAUGCUGGAGAAAAUUGGAAAACAAUCGAUGAAAUUGAAGAGCCCAUUUACUCAAUUGUUAUUGAUCCCUUCCAUGGGCACGACAGAGCUUUUGCUUUUGUAAAAGAAACACUAAACUUUUACACCACCGAUGAUCAAGGUAAAUCGUGGAGGCUUCUAACUAUACAAAAUCCUGAAGAUUCAGCAAAUUUUUACAAUAAUGAAAUCACUACUCACCCCACAAAAAAGGAGUAUAUUAUUUUACAUUACAAUUGGGUGGAAAAGCAUUCAGAUAUACUGUAUUCAACAACAGGGUUUUACGUUACCAAUAAUGGUGUAUCCUUUUCCCGAAUUAAACCUUCUCGAGAAAAAAUUGAUGGUUAUGAUAACAGAAUACACUGUGACUUUAUCAAAUCCAGUAUGUAUUCUAAUUUGGGCAGUAAUGAUGCUUCGAUAAUCUGUCUUUUCCGAAACAGGGAGUACAUUGAAGGUACAGACUCAACUAUUACCAAGUCUGAAUUGAUCUUAAGUACUGAUGGUGGUAAAACGUUCAAGGAAUUAGAUCAGUUCAAAGAUAAAACUGUUAUUGAAUACAAAAUAUUGAGGUAUCAUGUAGUCGUUUUGACCCAAAAUGAUAUGUAUAAUGAGAUGUCAUCAAUGGACAUUUGGAUAUCCAAUGAUGUAUCUACUUUUCAAAUGGCUCGUACGCCUACUCAAUUAAGGUAUAUUAGUCACGAGGAAAUUCAAGAAGACUCCAUCGGAAGGAUCAUUUUGGCUUUAUCUGGAGAAAGAAAUUCUAAAGAAAAGGACCAAAAAAGUGUCGCUGAAAUUUUAAUAUCAGACUCUCAAGGAUUAAAAUUUUUGCCUAUAGAUUGGAUACCAAAUAACCAGUUUGGAUAUAUCGAUGUAGUCUCUCCGCAGUUCCUAAAAGGUACAAUGUUUGCUUCGUUUUCCCCUUCAUUGGGUGACUUUAAUUCCGAAGGAAAGCACAGGGGGGAAAUAGGUAAGGUAGAAACGAAAAUCUCUGUGGAUAACGGCCUUACAUGGUCAAACUUGAAAGUUGUGGACCAAGAAAACGCAGACUCAUUUACUUGUGAUAUUACAGAACCUGAUAGAUGUUCGCUGCAGCCCGUUUUUUAUUCGUUGCGUGAUUCGGGCCCUUCUGCUGGGAUCCUCAUGGCUGAUGCCGUUGUCACUGAUGGUACUUUAUUCAAUCAUAGGGUUCAUAGAAGCUUUAUUUCCAGAGAUGGUGGCUUGAGUUGGAAGCUAGCUCGUAAUUCUUCUGGUUUAUUUGCUACUGGUGAUCAGGGAAAUAUUAUUGUACAUAUCCCGUAUGACUCAAUUGAAGAUGGCGAUCCCCAAUCUGAAUUUUACUAUUCUUUAGACCAGGGCAAAACAUGGUUUGAAUAUCAACUAAAAACCGCUAUUUGGCCAUCAAAUUUGAUCAAUACGACACCAGACGGAUCUGGAUUAAAAUUUAUAUUGAGUGGAGUGGGAGAAUACUUGAUGGAAAGAUCAGAGCCCUUAUUAGGAAACAGGGGCCCUUCAAAUACCUUCUACUAUGCGAUUGAUUUUUCAGCAGUAUUUGAUUAUAAAACUUGUGAAGCAAGUGAUUUUGAAGAUUGGAAUUUGGCAGAAGGAAAAUGUGUUAAUGGGGCUAAAUACAAGUAUAGAAGGAGGAAGCAGGAAUCCCGUUGCUUAGUAAAUAGAGCGUUUGAAGAUUUGAAAUUACAUGAAACUUCUUGUAACAGCUGUGCUAGAUCUGACUACGAAUGCUCAUUUCAAUUUGUUAAGGACUCAAACGGUGACUGUGUUCCGGAUUACAACCUGAUUGUUCUUUCUGAUAUUUGUGACAAGUCAAACGGCAAACAUGUAUCAGUAAAGCCAUUGCAAUUAAUCAAAGGUGAUAAAUGUAAAACACAAAUGAAUAUCGAGUCCGUAGAUAUUCCAUGCGAUGAAGUCCCAAAGGAGGGUUCGAAUGGCAAAGAAAUAAUCACCAUCGAAAACAAAUUCGACUUCAAAAUUCAGUUUUAUCAAUACUUUGAUACAGUCGCAGACGAAUCUCUGGUAAUGGUAGAUUUAAGGGGAGAUGCUUAUAUAUCUCACGAUGGUGGACAAACAAUAAAAAAAUUUGAAACUGGCGGCGAAAAAAUAGUCGAAGUUGUGUUCAACUCAUACUUCAACUCUUCAGCUUAUCUAUUUGGGUCUGAGGGUAGCAUUUUUUCCACCCAUGAUAGAGGACAUUCUUUCAUGAUCGCUAAGUUGCCUGAAGCCAGGCAGUUAGGUAUGCCAUUAGAUUUUAAUGCCAAAUCACAGGAUACAUUUAUUUAUUAUGGUGGUGAGAAUUGUGAAUCAAUUGUAAGUCCAGAAUGUCAUGCUGUAGCAUACCUCACUAAAGAUGGAGGUGAAACGUUUACAGAAAUGCUUCAUAAUGCAAUUCACUGUGAAUUCGCAGGUUCGCUUUUCAAAUAUCCGUCAAAUGAAGAUAUGGUUAUGUGCCAAGUAAAAGAAAAGUCCUCGCAAAUAAGAAGUUUAGUUUCUUCAACUGAUUUUUUCCACACUGAUAAAAAAACCGUUCUUGAAAACAUUAUUGGCUACUUGUCCACUGGUGGCUAUAUCAUUAUUGCCGUACCUCAUAAAGAUAAUGAAUUGAGGGCAUAUGUAACUAUUGAUGGUGUCGAAUUUUCCGAGGCAAAAUUCCCAUAUGAUGAAGAUGUUACGAAGCAAGAGGCAUUCACUAUAUUAGACUCCGAGGAAGGAUCGAUUUUCUUACACUUGGCAACGAACUUAGUACCAGGACGUGAUUUUGGCAACCUUUUAAAAUCCAAUUCAAACGGUACUUCUUUUGUCACCCUGGAGCACGCCGUUAAUAGAAACACGUUCGGCUUGGUAGACUUUGAAAAAAUUCAAGGUCUUGAAGGCAUAAUUCUCACUAACAUUGUGUCAAAUAGUGACAAGGUUGCUGAGAAUAAGGAAGACAAACAAUUGAAGACGAAGAUCACCUUUAAUGAGGGCUCGGAUUGGAAUUUUUUGAAACCUCCUCAAAAGGACUCCGAAGGAAAGAAGCUCCCUUGCGACUCUAAAUCAUUAGACAAGUGUUCGCUGCAUUUGCACGGCUACACUGAACGUAAGGAUGUUAGGGAUACAUAUUCUUCUGGUUCCGCAUUAGGAAUGAUGUUUGGUGUUGGGAACGUUGGAGCUAACCUUCUACCGUAUGAAGAAUGUUCUACUUUUUUGACUACUGAUGGCGGUGAGACGUGGGCUGAAGUUAAGAAAACUCCCCACCAAUGGGAAUACGGUGAUCAUGGGGGGGUCUUAGUUUUAGUUCCCGAAAUCGCUGAAACUGACUCUAUUUCCUAUUCUACUGAUUCUGGAAGAACAUGGAAAGAUUAUAAGUUCUGUGACGAUAAAGUUCUGGUAAAGGAUAUAACUACGGUUCCUCGAGACUCUGCUUUGAGAUUUUUGUUAUUUGGAGAAGCAAAGAAUCUGGGAAGUGGUUCAUUUAGGACGUACACAAUCGAUUUCAGAAACAUCUUCGAGAGACAGUGUGACUUUGAUCCCACCGGAAAGAAAAGUUCAGAUUUCAAAUACUCUCCUUUAGGGUCUCAAACUGGUUGCCUGUUUGGACAUCGGACCGAAUUUUUACGCAAGACAGAUGAAAAGUGUUUUAUUGGUAAUGUUCCACUUUCUGAAUUCUCUAAAAACAUCAAAAACUGUUCAUGUACACGGAAAGAUUUCGAGUGUGAUUAUAAUUAUUAUAAAGCUAACGAUGGUACUUGUAAGUUAGUCGAUGGUCUCACUCCCGCCAAUGCUGCCGACACCUGUAAAAGGGAACCAGACUUGAUAGAGUAUUUUGAAUCUUCCGGAUACAGAAAGAUACCCCUAUCAACUUGCCAGGGUGGUUUGAAAUUGGAUGGACCUUUAACACCACAUCCUUGUCCAGGAAAAGAAGCCGAAUUUAAAGAAAAGUAUUCUGCAAACGCUGGUAUUUAUGCAUUUGUUUACGUCACAAUCCUUCUUGUUGUUUUCUUUGCAACAUGGUUUGUAUACGAUAGAGGUAUCAGAAGAAACGGGGGGUUUGCAAGAUUUGAAGAAAUUAGGUUAAAUGACGAUGGUCUGAUAGAAAACAAUAAUACCGAUAGAGUUGUGAACAAAAUUGUAAAAGCAGGAUUAUUCCUUUCUUCAAUUAUUACAUUUGUAUUCCAACACACGAAGGCAGGCAUAGCUCAAGUUAUUGCGAAAAUAAGAGCAAGAGUUAGCAAUAGGGCAGGUCCGACCUAUUCAUCGUUGAUGCACCAUCAGUUUUCAAAUGAAACAGAUAACUUGCAUGAUGAAGGCAUUGACGAUUUGUCUAGUUCUGUUAUCCAAGGUGAUAAUCUUGACAUCGAGGACGAAGUUGUACCAUCUACCCAACAAGAACACGCGUCGUAUACAGAUCAGCCAGCCGGAAACGAUGUUCCAAACACAUUGUUAGCACAUAGCGAAGAAGACGCCAACAGGCCUGACUCAGUGGAUCCACACGGCCAUGACAAGUAA